AGCCGGAAGUUUUCUUUUAGGGAAAGUUCCGAGGUCUCUGUUGUCUCUCAGAUUGCAUAACUUUGAAAUAUGAAGUCUUAUAAAAAUAUUUUAAGAUUCAUUGCUUGAGAACGGGUCAUAUCACUGGAUCCAGGAGAGCCAUACCCGAUACGGAGGACACUUGGUUCGGGAGUGGACGGAAAUGGAAGGUUCAAAGUCCUCCAGCACCACCAUGCAGGUCAGCUUCGUCUGUCAGCGCUGCAGCCAGCCCCUCAAACUGGACACCUCCUUUAACGUGCUGGACCGCGUCACAAUCCAGGAGCUCAUUGCUCCGUUAGUGACAGUGACGCCGAGCAAACAGACGGAGAGCAACGAGGGCGAGAGCGCACCUGAGGAAACCUUUGUGGAAAACAAGCAAGACGGCGUGGCGAGAAAGUACAUCCCGCCAUCGCGGAUGAUGUCCACAGAGAGCGCCAACAGCUUCACGCUGAUCGGAGAGGCGUCGGACGGGGGCACCAUGGAGAACCUGAGCCGUCGGCUGAAGGUGACGAGCGACCUGUUCGACAUCAUGUCGGGCCAGACGGACGUGGACCACCCCCUGUGCGAGGAGUGCACCGACACCCUCCUGGACCACCUGGACACGCAGCUCAACAUCACGGAGAACGAGUGCAUGAACUACAAGAACUGCCUGGAGCUGCUGUCCCAGCUGCAGGAGGAGGAGGAGGAUACCCUGCUGGCGGAGCUGCAGCAGCUCAAGGAGGAAGAGGAGUCGCUCAUCCAGGAGCUGGAGGCCAUCGAGGGCCAGCGGGAGGCCGUGGCCAACGACCUGGCGCAGGGGCGCGGCCACACCCAGCAGCUGGACACCGAGGAGCUGCAGUACCAGAAGGAAUACAGCGAGUUCAAGCGGCAGCAGCUGGAGCUGGACGACGAGCUGAAGAGCGUGGACAACCAGAUGCGCUACUGUCAGAUCCAGCUGGACCGGCUGAAGAAGACCAACGUCUUCAACGCCACCUUCCACAUCUGGCACAGCGGCCAGUUCGGGACGAUAAACAACUUCCGCCUGGGGCGCCUGCCCAGCGUGCCGGUGGAGUGGAACGAGAUCAACGCCGCCUGGGGCCAGACGGUGCUCCUGCUGCACGCGCUGGCUAACAAGAUGGGCCUGCGCUUCCAGAGGUACCGGCUGGUCCCCUACGGAAACCACUCCUACCUGGAGUCUCUGUCUGACAAGUCCAAGGAGCUGCCCCUGUACUGCUCUGGAGGCCUGCGGUUCUUCUGGGACAAUAAGUUUGACCACGCCAUGGUGGCCUUCCUGGACUGCGUGCAGCAGUUCAAGGAGGAGGUGGAGAAAGGAGACACAGGCUUCUGUUUGCCCUACAGGAUGGACGUGGAGAAGGGGAAGAUCGAGGACACGGGCGGCAGCGGCGGGUCCUACUCCAUCAAAACCCAGUUCAACUCCGAGGAGCAGUGGACCAAGGCCCUCAAGUUCAUGCUCACCAACCUGAAGUGGGGCCUGGCAUGGGUCUCCUCCCAGUUCUACAACAAAUGAGGGCGCUGCCAAGCCCCCGUCGCUGCUGAGGGCCCCCCCCCCCACUGAGAGGGCCCCCCGUCAUACCCCCCCGUCCCUUUGAGAAGAGUCUUCGGAUAAAACCAAGAUGGAGGCCCAUCCUGCUCAUCCUCGGGGGUUCUGCCCUGUGCCUCACUCUGUCCUGAUAUUUCAUCCAGAUAUUUUGUGAGCCUUUUGAUCGCUUGUUAGAGAUACUGUGUAUGCAUAAUAUUAUAUUUUAUAUCCCCCUUAAUUCCGGUUAAUGUUAUUAUCACCCAGUGACUCGUUAACACCAUCUGAAUUUCACAAAACCCUUUGUGUUUGAGACAUACUGUUUAAAAUAAUGACACAGCUAAAUUGUAUUGAUCGUACCCUAAUUAAAAUAGUAAAUUAUGUACGUGUUAAUAAGACUCGUUAAAGUUCAACAGUUGAGCUUGUGCGAGAAGCGGGUGCUGUUUUAUUAGAAGAAAGGACUUGUGUUGUUUAAACAAGCUCUUCUUCCAGCAGCGUGUUUUUUUCCAAGUUAAUUAUCUGUAUUCCUUCACUAUGUCAAUGAUAGCUGGGCUAACUGGCUUGCAGACGUCUGUAGUUGGCUGAAGUUGGUUGGGUUUUGAGUUCAUGUGCAUGGGAGAAAUUUGCAAAUGAAACUAUUCUGAACUGAUGCACAGGAAUUUUUUUUUCAAUUUCAGCCAGCUAAUGAACAAGCCAACUAGUCAAGGAAUGCUGUGUUUUGCAGCAGUGUAAAUUUAACAACAUCAUAUAAUAUCUUAUAGUUAUUUAUGCACAUUUUACAUCUGUGUUUAUAUAUUUUAUUGGGUUUUCAACAAGCUAACUAGUUGCACGACAUACAGUUUUAGUCAUACAAAAUGAAAUGUACAAUCUGUGCAGGAUUGCAAUAAAAUGUGUGUGAAAGGUGA